GGCCGAUGAAACGUGAGUCCCAUCAAAUUUCUAAAAAUUGGCGUUUAAUUAAAUUUUGGUUUAAAUUAUAUUGUAUGACAAAUAAGUACAUUAUUUUGCUUCUCAGUGAACUCAGUGCAUUUUCACCGGAACGAAUUCUAUCCGCAAUUAAGUACUGUUACCUAUAA